AUGCCUAUUAAAUAUUUUCUCGUAACUGAUGGUGCUGAUGUUAUUGCUGAACAUCCAUCACAACAAAAAUUGAGAAGUGUUCUUUUGGAUAAAGUUAUUCCAAAGUUGGAGAGAACUAAUCACAAGAGAGUAUUAACAAACGACGAUAAUAAUAUUUAUGUCAAGUACAGUGGUAGAUAUUAUUAUUUUUGUAUUGCUACUCAAGAAAUCAAACAAAGAGUUUCUUGGAGUUUGAUUGAUGAAGUUGAAAAUGAAACAUUGAAGAAUAAUCUCGAUAAAAAUCUUUUGAAGGAAAAGGUUAAAUUCUAUAACAAUCCAGAUAAUGACAAGAUUCAAAGAUUGCAAAACGAAAUUGACAAGGUCCGAGAUGUCAUGGUUGAAAACGUUGACAAGAUUUUGGCCAACCAAGUUGUUAUGGAUGGUUUGAUUGAAACAACAGAAGAAUUAGCUCAACAAGGUGAAGAAUUCCAAAGAGGUGGUAAAAAGUUGAAAUGGAGCAUGAGAAAGCGUUUGAUUAUUAUUAUUCUUAUUGCCAUUAUCAUUUUCGCUAUUAUUAUUGCCAUUAUUGUUAUUGUUCUUAUUUCUGUCUUUGCUGGCAAAGGUAGUAGCAACAACAACUCAACUAAAUCUGUUUAA